AUGGACACUGGCGGUCUUGCUCAAAUGACCUACAAUUCGUCUUUCAAUAAUGGCACUUCGCUGGGUGUCCCCGGGUCCAGUUUCGGAUCCCGGAGAAAAGGCCCCAAUGUCAAACGACUGAGUGUGCCACCUCCGCACAUCUCGACCAUUGAUGAAUCCCAGCAUUCUGCAACGGUUGCAACUCCACGGACCAGCCGUUCACACCUCCUGGCAGGGUUGAGAACUGCUCCUAAGUCCGCUACCGUACCCUCUGCCAAUCAGCGCCGGCAGCACCUCGGUCUGGAGGGAGAUCGGUAUGGCAACCCCUCCAAUCGCACUUCCGAACGCAACAUUCCACAAACCGCGACGGGAACUGGUUUCCCACAAUACCCCGUAGCUAUGAAUCAGGGACUGGACGUGAACAUGGGUCGUCCUAUGUACACCUUGCCGGAGCAGGUGCUCGCACCUCCGGCAAUUGAGAUCGCUAGCGACUUGCCUAUGGAUGAGAGUCUUUACGCGGAACUGAUGUCUACGAACUUAUUCCUCGCAGCCCAGCAGCAGCGUCUGCAACAGCAAUUGAUUAGCGUCACUGCUGCCGCACAACAGUUCCAAGGUCUGAGCCUCGGAGUGGGCAUGGGCCAGCAGCAAGACUAUUCCCCUCUUUCCGUCCCGGGCAUGGGCUUCUAUCAGCAGCAACUCCAGCAGGGCGUACAGCCCGUGGUGCAGCCCAUUUCAGGUCAGCCGGGGCUUUACUCUGUCUACAACCCUUUGACUGGCCAGUUGAACUAUGUCUAUGACAACAGCGUCCAGCAGGAUCUCUCGCCCCCUUACCAACAAGACGAGGAGAUUCAAUCUCCAGCCAUGCAUGUUCCACCUUUCAGAGCUGAGGUCUCUCCGCCUCCCGAGUCAUCCAAGUCUCCUGUGCACUUGUCGGAGGGUUCCUCUUCGAACAGCAGCCCUUGUCUCGAAGAUGACAUUUCGCCUCUUCCUCCUCCAUCUGCAAAUGCUUUCCGCAGAACCCACAAGAAGAACACGUCCUUCGGUCCAGGGCCCAAGACUGGGAUUGACACCAAUAAGGCAAAUAGUAGCGCUCACACUUCUGGCCCCAAAACUGCCCCCCUUGCAACUCCUGCUACUGGUACGUUUGGGCCUGGUCAGGGCCGCGCCGGAGAGCACCCUAUUCGACAGCCUCGCGGCCCGCCCUCUUUGGAAGAACUGGUUGCUAAGCCUACCUCGAAGUACGAGGGAAGCAAGAAUUUUGCCACCCGCCAGCGCCGCCGUGCUGUUCAUAACCUCGUGCGGGCAGGAAUUGAACGUCGCGGAGAGACUCGGAGCCUAGGACACAGCAGUGGCGGCACCAACACACCUGCAAGCGAGAAGGAGUUCACGUUUUCAGAUGGUGAUGAUGCUACAGUCCGCAGUGGCAGUCUUUCGAGCAAACCAAGCUUGGGUAGCCUGCGUGCUGCUGCUAAUGGUGCUAUCGGCUCUGAGAGAAAGGAAAGAUCCUCGCGGGAGCGCAAGUCCCAGGACAGUCUGUUUAACACCACCCCUCUUAGCGAAGAUUCUUUCUUUGGAGGCAAGUUCGCGGACCAGGCUUCCCCCCGAACAGGCACACCUUCAGUAGCUGCUGUCGUCGCUGGCCAGAAGACGGUAGCUCAGGGUACGGAAAGGCGCAAGACCCCAAUGCUUGUGUUGUCGAGCGCUGAAAAGCGCAAGACUCCUAUCAUGUAA